AUGAAUCGUAAGAAUUAUUUACCACCAAUAUGGUACGACGAUAUGCAAAUGGCCGGUUUAAUGUCAAUGAUUAAGGCGCGAGAAGUUAACCCAUAUGACUACGAUCGGAAGGUGAAAUUUUGGAGUGAGACAAUAUCGAAAUCGUGCCAUGCAGAACAUGAUCCUCUAGUCACGAUCGAUAUGCUGAAGAAACGAUUUCGUAGAGGUGAUCAGCUGCCCGCCUCUUUGGAUAUCGUCGUUGACAAUAUGCAUCGAUGUGGCGAGCUGAUGACAAUCGAGGAAUUUCGUGAACGUGAUCAGAGUUGGAUUGAAUGGGGAUAUUCACGAGUGAUCAGUACUCUGUGGGGUAAUGGCAAUAAUUACGCGAAAAUAGAAUACGUUCAUUUGCCCACAAUACGGGAGCAGGCUAAACAGAUUCUGGAGUAUUACCGAAGUAGUCACGCACCGGACGAUGAUAUGGCUCCGGAAAUAGUGGCACUGGAAGAUUUUAGGGAUGAGUGCAGACAUUUGGUGGCCAACGGUCGGGUGUUUCAGUUGGUAUUGUCCGAACUGGUGCAUGAAAAUGAGUUGACAAUCGGUGUGUCGAGGACGGGUGAGCAAAUUCUGAAAUUCCGCGAUGUGAUGGUGAGGGGACCAAUUGAAUGGACCGAAUCGGAUGCGAGUGUUCACGAUAUGCGACGCGCGAUGAGUAAACUUGAAAUUGAGAUCAAACGACUGGAAGAAAGGGCGAAAAAGUGUGAGCAGGAUGCACGUGCCAGUAUUCGAGCGAACGAUAAAACUCGUGCGGCGCAUCAUCUUCGUCUAAAGAAACGUGCCUUACAAGAAGUGGAAGCAAAAGAUAAUCAGUAUCAGCGAUUACUUGAGAUGAUGCAUCAACUCGGACAAACCAAACAGAACAAACAAAUCAUGGAUGCAUAUAAGGCUGGAGCCAGUGCCUUUAAAGCAACUCUGCAAAGACAAGGCAUUCAACCUGAGCAGAUUGAUGAAACAAUGGAUAGUAUUAGUGAUGCGAUGGCAACGGCCGAGGAGAUACGGGAGGCCAUUUCGGCGGGAGUUCCGGUGACGAAUGGCGUUGAUGAAGCAGAUCUGGAGGCUGAGUUGAACGCGAUUCUAGCCGAUAAGAAGAUCGAGGAGAAAGAAUCCGUGGUCAGUGGGUUACCUGAGGUUCCGUCCGAAGAACCAAAAGCUGUGUCUCCAGUGGCCAGUGUCACUAAUGAUGAACAAUCUUUGGCACAACGACUCAAAAGACUUCGAGAAUCGGCCAUUUGA